AUGCGCUGCCAGGGCGGUGACGAGCAGGUCAUCGAUGACUUUUUCUGGGAAGGUACCUACAGGCGCGAGAUAGAGAUCGGCGCCUACUUCGACAACGUCGAGUUGGUAAGUGCGAAGUAUCCUCUCGAGCUGCGCGGGGGCUGCUGCUUUUUCAGGCGGUGCCGUGACCGUCCGAUGUCAGAUCGCCCUUGGCGCCUCCGAAAAGUGCGUGGGCCACUUCGCCUCGCUCUUUCGCGAGGCCAGGCGAUUCUGGAUGACGCAGAGUGGCGGGGUGCACUCGACGUCAUGCUGCAGCUGUGGGCCAUGGAUCUACUGCCCAGCCAUCUGUCUGAGUUUGACGACUUCUCGGGCACGGACGGGAAGCCCCUGGAGAGCCUCUGCAAUAUCAGGCCGCUAUUUCCUCCCCCGGCAGUGCGGCAAGAUAAUGAUCCUUCCCACCAUGCCGGGGAUGCGCGGCGCUCCGAUGCGAAGGCAGCUGCCGCCGACUCUGGAGACGGCUUCCUGGAGAGUCUGGCACGGUGGUUUGAGGACGAGACACGGGACGACGAGGAGGAAGAGGCGAGCGACGGCAGGCUGAAGGAUGACUUGAUCGGCACGCACUUCGGCGCCAGACCGGGUGGCGACGCCAGCGAUGCCGAGGUGGAGGCGCUGCCAGUGAACUGUACAGACCCUGGCUUGGUCCACCAGAAGGUCAAGGCAUACGUGGCUCGCUCCGGCUUUGUGGAGGUCCUUGGCGCGACGGGCAUCGCGAAAGUGUCCCCAGAGAGCCUCCAGUGCCUUGCAAAGGCACUCGUGCAGCUCUCCAAGCCGUCCCGAUGGGUCUCUCAGGGGCAGAGCCCGACAACCGCAGAGCCGGCGGAUGAGGUGCAGGCCGGCAGAGCUUCUUGGCAUGACGUGGCGGAUCCCGUGUUCUGCCUGGAGCUUCUUACGAAUCUCACCUGCACGCCGCUGCCUGCUAGCCACUGCCUGUCGCACAUAUGGCCCCUGGUGAGCACUCACUUCGAGAAGCUUCUCCAGUACGUCAUUGCGGGCAACGGCCUGUCGGAGAUGCAGUUUAUUGAGCGGCUCAUUGUGAACACCCUGAGGCUGUGCAUUCGGCUGAUCGGCAACAGCGAGUUGGUCCCCACGCUGCUGCUACUCACACAGCAUUUGUCCAGACUGCCUGCCCAACAUUUUGCAGCCCAUGCGGAAAGGAUCGCAUGUGGGACUCUGGUCCUCGUACAGGAGGCCAAUCUCCCUCACAGCGGUCUCUGCAACAUCUUCACCCUGCUGAGACGGAUUUCCGAAUUUCCUGCAGGUGUGGGCGCAUGCAGUGCGAGCAUCGAGUGCCUCAACUUCUGGCUGAGCGACGACCAGGAGCUAUCGAGGCUGCUGUCCCUGCAGCAGUUUCCAGAGCUUUUGCGCACCUUGAAGGCUUUCGCCUCCCAGAACUCUACGCCUGCUUCGGCGACGGCUCUCAGCCACUUGUCCACGCUGGUUCCGCAGAUGGCUCGUGGUGCCCGGUCUUUGCCUGUGGAGGCUCAGUCGCAAUGGCGUUCGCUUUGGGUGCCCACUCUCCAAGCUUUGGCGGACAUUGCCCGUGAUGGAUCCCAGCGGUGUUCUGCGCAGGCUUUCGUGUAUCUGCAGCGGCUCCUGCUGGAAUGUGGGACGGACCUCGCGCUGCCUUGGGAGCAGCUGGAGUUCAACGCCUGGAAGGAGUGCCUGGAGCAGGUGCUCGUUCCGCUGCUGCAAUCGCACCCUGCAGAAGGUGCUGAUGGCGCAGCUCUGACCCCAGGCUCCCAGGAGGCGGCUGCUACUCGCCAAGCGAAUGCAGCCCAGCUUGUGUGUCGUGUCUUGCUCACACAUAUGCCCAGUUGGUUGAGAUCUUCGCCCGACGGCUUCCCAGUCCUUUUCCUUCGCAUCUUGCACGUCCUGGUCAGCGAGGCCACGACAGAGACCGCGAAGCUGCCAUUGGUGGAGUCUUUGAAGAAUUUGCUGCUGGUGAUCUCCGCAGAUCCGGCUUUUGGCGAGCUCCCCUCGCCCAAGCAGGGCGAGACACUCUUAGAGGCCGCCUGGGGCGUGGUCUCUCCUGCUUUGCCGGAGUUGCGCCGCGAGGUGCAGUUGAUCCUGGACCCGUCCGCUGAAGAUCGUGCACCGGAAGAAGUGGCAGAAGCAGGUGCCGCAAAGACCGAUGAGCCGGCGUAG